GAUACACGGCGGGGUCUCAAAUAUGAGAGAGGUUUCCCUUUGGAACGGCGCUUUCCUGUUUGAGCUCUCUACACGACUGCAUGUACUCUCAAAUGAGUUGUGGAGACAACCUAGACGAUGACAGACGCUAGUCACGUUUCUGAGAUUAUUGCAAAAACUCGGGUUCUCGGCUCCCGGGUGACAAAUCGUUUGUGAGUGAACACCUCUCGUCCCGUGCUCGAAAAACAAACACCGAAAGGAAUCGGUGAAAUAUGAAUUGACUCUCACGCGGAUUUGACAACAUCAAGUUGGAAAAUUCCCCCGUCGAGGAUAAUCGCUCGUAUGGGACAAUGAAAACAGACGGCGUCCCAUCUGUAGUCGAAGAACCGGAUCCUCGAACAUCCAUUCAGGAUGAGUCUAUUGAGCAAACGGAGGAGGAGAGGAGAUCGUUCCUCAGCCUGGAACAGCGUAUGCGGCGGAGACUCCGAUUCUUCUUCAUGAAUCCCAUAGAGAAGUUUCAAGCGAAAGGUCGACUACCUUGGAAACUGGGUCUACAAAUCUCAAAAAUUAUCGUCGUCACGCUGCAGCUGGUAUUCUUCGGCUACGAUAGCUACGCCUUCCAACAACAGCAUCGAGAUACGAACAUCGCUCUGGACCACAUGUUCCUCGAAGGUUGGACUUCGAUCCGGGAGGUGGCGGCGUACCCACCGUCGUCCGGACCAUACGCGGUUUAUACGAAAACCGACUUUUAUACACACGUCAACAGCGUGAUCAAGCGUUAUUCGAACGUUACGCAGACUGCUAUAGCAUCUCUAGGCUACGACACAAUCGACGGCUCGUUAGGAAACGUAACGUUCUACAAAACUCAAUAUAGGAACGGCCAGGUCUUCCCGCACAACGAGACCCUAUCGUUCGAUAAUACCGAAGAGGUGACUCCUCUUCCCAUCGAUCCGAAACUCUAUCCGAUGAACGAUCCACGAUGGCAGAGCUUCUCGAUUCAAGAUUACAUGAGGCAGCAUAAUUUCUCGCUUUCGUUCGAUAAACUCAUCCGAGCCAGCAUUCACUUCAAUUUGAAAACUGUUUAUCUUAAAAGUCUGAGCACGUUCGACCUGCCUGAAUGCUACAAGUAUUCUGUGAGGAUCAUUUACAAUAAUGAAGCACACGAUGGGCAGCUAUUAAUCACGCUGACAACCGCGAGUACUAAACUCGAAUGUAAGACAAAUGUGCAUUACGCUGAAACGGGGCAGCUGGAGUUCUUAUUGCGGCAGCUGAUGAAUGUUGUCGUCAUAUUGAUAUGUUGCGGCUCCUUAGUCCUCUGUGCUAGAUCGUUGAUGCGAGGCCAAUUGUUGCGCAAGAAAACCGAGGCGUUCUUCUGGACGAAAAAUCAAACUACACUCACGUGGGAGGAGAAGCUCGAUUUUGUGGACUUCUGGUACGUUAUGAUAAUGAUGAACGAUAUCCUAAUUAUAAUAGGGUCUCUGAUCAAGAUGCAAUUAGAACAGCGCAUCAUCGAUGGUGCACAAUAUAACUUCUGCAGCACUUUGCUGGGCUUAGGGAAUCUGUUAGUUUGGGCAGGAGUGCUGCGGUAUUUAGGAUUCUUCAGGAAGUACAACAUUCUCAUCUUGACCAUGAGGCGAGCCACACCGAACAUUCUGCGUUUCCUCCUCUGCGCAGUACUGCUCUACAUGGGCUUCUGCUUCUGUGGUUGGGUUGUGCUUGGUCCGCACAACAUUAAAUUCCGAUCCCUGAGCUCUACUUCCGAGUGCUUAUUCGCGCUGAUGAACGGUGAUGACAUGUUUGCAACCUUCGCCAUAAUGGGCGAAUCGACCGGUAUCAUAUGGUGGUUCGCGCGGAUAUAUCUUUAUAUGUUCCUGAUAUUGUUCAUCUAUUGUGUAAUUUCCUUGUUCUUAUCGGUGAUAAUGGACUCUUACGAGACCAUCAGGGAAUCCCAUGAAAACGAUGCCCGACCCUCAGACUUGUGGAAAUUCAUUCAAGAAAUCGACGGAGAUGGCUUCCCGGGGGCCGACCUAGUACGCGCACAAGGCCGACCUGAGGGUAUGAACGAAUCGCAGACGGCUCAUUGUCUCUCAUGGAAUGCGCUGUGGCGUCGUCUAAGGUCUCAGCAAAGUCGAGACGGACAAACCCCGUACCGAGAAAUAAGUUAGGCUGAAGCAUCCUGGAGAGAUAGGGACUCGAUCGUCGUUUUAGCUUACUUCGGAAGGAUCGAUAUGUAAAAAUGUACAUGGAUGAAGCUAACGCUCUCGGCGCUGAGGAAACGCAAAGCGUGACGACCAAUAUGAUCUGUUGGAAUUCGUUUCCAGCAGCGGAAUGUCCCCAAUCGAAACGCACCGUGUGGAAUUCUCUUAAUAAAAGGAAGGUCUUGUUUCUCGCUUGAA